AUGAACAAAGGAGGAGUGGGCCUCGGAGGUGGAGCCGGUGGCGGCAGUGGGCCAACCACCGCUGCGGCGGCGGCAGCGGCACAAAAACAGAAAACCCUUUUGCAGAGAGUGGACACAGACAUUGGAAAUCUUGUUGACAAUUUUGGUUACAUAGUCAAUGUGACUCGGGUUAACGAUCCACCAGUGCGGAACUCCCAAGAGUCUUUCAUGAUGGAAAUGCGUGCGACUAGGAUGGUUCAAGCUGCUGACUCGCUACUCAAAUUGGUGUCGGAGUUGAAGCAGACUGCAAUUUUCUCGGGAUUUGCAUCUCUGGAUGACCAUGUCGACCGGAGAACGCACGAGUUCAAUAAUUUGGCUGAAAGUACAAAUGGGAAAUUGUCGAGAAUUGGGGAGGAGGUUGCAGCUAGCCUCAAGGAACUCGAAUCUCAUUACUACUCGUCUGCACUCAGGACAACCACCGUUAGUCCACACGAGGCUUCAGAGUAA